AUGUUGACCGACAGAGUGCUGUCCACCAAGGAGGCCCUGGUGGUGGCUCUAGGUGACAACUGGGAGCGAUACCGGGCCAACAUGAAGAACUGGUUUCGCAGCCGCUGGAGCAAGGAGGAGUUCGACGCCGAGUCUAGGAAAAUACUUUCCCCGGAUAAAUUGCAUCUGCACAAUCAGUUUCUGCUGGCGCUGCUCAACAAGAUCGAUGCCUUCGCCCCCGUGGAAAAUCCGCCGUCAACGCUGCAAACUAGCAGCAGCAGCGGGAAUCGCAGCACGCGCAAGAGGAGCUCGCGCACCUUCACUGAACGCCUCAACUUUGAGCUAUGCGAGAUGCUGGACUUUGUGACCGAGGACAACAUGCAGGUGAUCCGACCGCCACCGACAAUCAGUGGAGGAGACCAGGCCGGGCAGCAGCAGCUGCCAUCGCAGAGGUACUGUGCCCAGGAACUCUUUCUCCCUGACGCCGGCUUCAUUAUGGGCCGCUUCCUGAUUGGUGCCUGGGAAAUCGGUCUCGUCUCCGUCGACGAUAGCGUGGCAGAGUACGUGGCCAUGGCCGUGCAGGUGCUGCUCAAGGAUCUGCUGGCAGCCAUCAUUAAGAAGCGCAAGCAUUACAAGACCAGCGGUGAGGGCAACUAUUACUAUGAUGUGGGUGCUGCCCUGCGAGAUCCGUCGCUGCGCAACACAGUCACCCGACAGAAGGUGGAUGACACACCGCUAGAGCUGGACAAGGAAUUGAAUAACUUUAUGCGGCGACAGAAUGACGAUAUGGUCUUUCUCUCCGCCUGCGAGGAAGUCCUUCCCAGCGAACCCACAGUGAUCACCCUUAAGGACUGCCAGCUAGCCUUUCAGGAUCGCAACUUGAUUGGCUCCCAUGCGGUCUACUCCAUCAAUAUGGAACGUCUCAAUAUGAUGAUGCAUUAGGUUAGUUCUAAUUACUUUAUAAGGAAGAGCUAGUUUGGGUUCGUAAUUCC